AACCACACCAAGAGGAAAGACAAACAAAAAAAGAAACUCCCAACCAAAAACUUCCUCAAAAAUCAACAAAUGGAUACUAAUAAAGCAAAAAAGCUUAAAGUGAUGAACCAACUCGUAGAAGGCCACGAGUUAACCACUCAGCUUCAGCAACUCGUCUCUCAACCCGGGUCCGGUCUAGGUCCAGCGGAGGAUCUAGUGGCUAAAAUCUUAGAGUCUUUCAAUAACAGCAUCUCUGUUCUUGAUACCUUCGAACCUAUCUCCUCCUCCUCAUCAUCCCUCGCCGCCGUUGAGGGCUCUCAAAAUGCUUCAUGCGACAACGACGGCAAGUUUGAAGAUUCCGGCGAUAGUCGGAAAAGAUUGGGACCCGUUAAGGGUAAAAGAGGAUGCUACAAAAGAAAGAAAAGAUCGGAGACGUGGACUAAAGAAUCGACUAUACUUGAGGACACAUUUUCUUGGAGGAAAUAUGGACAAAAGGAGAUUCUUAAUGCCAAAUUCCCAAGGAGUUACUUUAGAUGCACACACAAGUACACGCAAGGGUGCAAGGCAACAAAGCAAGUCCAGAAGGUGGAGCUCGAACCCAAGAUGUUCAGUAUCACAUACAUAGGAAAGCACACGUGUAACACCAACGCAGAAACACCCAAGAGCAAGACUUGUGACCAUCAUGAUGAGAUAUUCAUGGAUUCCGAAGAGCACAAGAGUCCUAGUUUGACGACCUCAAUGAAGGAGGAAGAAGAGAAUCAUCAUCAUCAUGGUUCUUCCACGGUGAAUGACUUGUCAUUGGUGUGGCCAGAAAUGGUUUUCGAAGAAGAUUAUCAUCAUCAGGCCAUUUACGUCAAUGGGGAAACUAGUACAUCUAUCAAUGAUUUGGGUUCUCCGGAUCACUUGGUGUUUGGAGCUGGUGGCGAUUUCGGGUUCAGCGAAAAUGAGCACUUCUCUAUCUUCAGUUCAUGUUCGAAUCUAUCUUGAGUUUACCACUACUAUAGGACUAAGACUAUGAGUUAAUCAUUAGGCUUGUAGAGUGGAAAACGUACGUAUAAUAUAUUUUGUCCUCUCUCUAAUGAGUGUCUGUACACUGUACUGUACAUAUAGUAGUAUAAAUACCACUCUUGCUG